AUGCGUUUUUUACAUGGUGACUUGGAUGAGGAAGUGUUUAUGAGGCAACCACAGGGUUUUGAAGAUCCACAGAAGCCUCAGUUUGUGUGUAAAUUGAAAAAAUCCUUGUAUGGAUUAAAGCAAGCACCUAGGGCAUGGAACGCUAAGUUCACGGGUUAUCUUCCAGCUAUUGGUUUCAAAGUGUCUCAGUCUGAUCCGAGUUUGUUCAUUAAGAAUACAGGUUCAGAUAUCAUUGUUUUAUUGCUCUACGUAGAUGACAUUAUUUUGACAGGCUCAAAUACAUCUCUUGUUCAAGAAACUAUUGGGAAUUUAGCUUCAGUAUUUGAACUCAAAGAUAUGGGAUUACUUACUUACUUUCUAGGGCUGCAAAUCUCUUAUGCAUCCACAGGAACUAUCUUUGUUAAUCAGCAUAAGUAUGCUAAGGAAUUGUUAGCUAAAGCAAGCAUGAGUAGUUGCAAGGCAUGCUCAACACCUUGCAAACCUCAUUCUCAAAUUCUGACAACAGAUGGUGAACCAUUGAAGGAUCCAACUUUGUUUCGCAGCUUGGUAGGCGCUUUACAAUAUUUGACAUUCACAAGGCCUGAUAUUGCCUAUGCAGUGAACACUGUGUGCCAAUACAUGACAAAUCCUACAGACUCUCAUUUCUAUCUUGUGAAAAGAAUUUUACGAUAUAUUCAAGGCACACUUCAAUAUGGCAUUACAUUUUGUUCUGGUCCAAUGCAACUAACAGCUUAUAGCGAUGCCGAUUGGGCUGGAGAUCCUUCUACUCGAAGAUCAACUACAGGUUUCAUAGUGUUUCUUGGUCAUAAUCCAGUCUCAUGGCAAUCAAAGAAACAGGGAACAGUUGCUAGGAGUUCUACAGAAGCAGAGUAUCGUGCUUUAGCGAAUACUGCUGCGGACAUUGGCUGGAUUCGACAGGUGUUAGCAGAUUUACAUGAGUUCUUGCCAGAGCCUCCUUUAAUGCAUUGUGACAAUCUUUCUGCCUUGGCUUUAAGUUCAAAUCCUGUUUAUCAUUCAAGGAUCAAGCACCUGGACAUUGAUUUUCAUUUUGUAAGGGAGCAUGUUCAACGAAAAGAUCUUAAUGUGCAUUACAUACCUACUAAUGAACAAGUCGCAGAUGUAUUCACCAAAGGAUUACAUGGUCCUCUCUUUGCAAGACAUUGUAGCAAUCUCAGACUAGCUAACCCAGCUGAGAUUGAGGGAGGGUGUUUGGCUAAUGGUUAA